CGGAAAAUAUCACAGAAAAAAAAAACUAGAGAACCGUUUAUCCAUAAUGUUUUCCCUGAAGAUGGGAACCGAGGUAGAAAAUUUGUGGGUCUUUGCUCUUGCAUCAAAAUUUAAUCUUUUCAUGCAAGACCAUUUUGUUUAUUUUCUUGUCGCCAUAGCCAUCACUUGGUUUACCUUAAGCAUCGUAUUUUGGUCUGUACCGGGUGGACCGGCUUGGGGAAGAUACUUCUUCACUCGUCGGUUUACUCCCUACUUUAACCGAAAAAACAAGAAUGUUAUUCCUGGUCCAAGAGGCUUUCCCCUCGUGGGAAGCAUGAGCCUAAGGUCAAGCCAUGUGGCUCAUCAGCGCAUAGCGGAUGUGGCUGCGAUGAAUAACGCCAAACGGCUCAUGGCGUUUAGUCUCGGUGAUACUAAGGUGAUAGUGACGUGUCAUCCUGAAGUGGCAAAGGAAAUAUUGAACAGUUCGGUUUUUGCUGACCGGCCUGUUGACGAGACCGCUUACGGUUUGAUGUUUAACCGAGCCAUGGGAUUUGCUCCAAAUGGUACUUACUGGCGCAUGCUACGUCGGUUAGGUUCGAACCAUCUUUUCAACCCGAAGCAAAUCAAACGCUCGGAGGAGCAGAGGCGAGUGAUCGCGACUCGGAUGGUGAAUGCGUUUACAAGUAACGCUGGAAACGUGUUUGGAGUGCGUGACUUGCUCAAAACGGCGUCGCUAUGCAACAUGAUGGGUUUAGUUUUCGGGAAAGAGUAUGAAUUAGAGACUAAUAACAACGUGGAAUCGGAAUACUUGAAGGGUUUGGUUGAAGAAGGGUACGAUCUUCUCGGUACUCUGAAUUGGACCGACCAUCUUCCUUGGUUAGCUGGUCUAGACUUCCAGCAAAUCCGGUUUAGCUGCUCUCAGCUUGUACCGAAAGUAAAUCAGUUAUUGAGCCGAAUCAUCCAUGAACACCGGACUGCUACGUGUAAUUUUCUGGACGUGUUACAUUCUCUUCAAGGUUCCGAAAAAUUAUCAGAAUCUGAUAUGGUUGCUGUUCUUUGGGAAAUGAUAUUUAGGGGCACGGACACGGUGGCUGUUUUGAUGGAGUGGGUGCUAGCGAGGAUUGUGAUGCAUCCUAAAGUUCAAUCAACGGUCCACGAUGAGCUUGACCAAGUGGUUGGCAGAUCCAGAGCCGUUGACGAGUCUGACCUUCCAUCUCUCACGUAUCUAACAGCUAUGAUUAAAGAAGUCUUGAGGCUGCAUCCACCGGGCCCACUUCUCUCUUGGGCACGUCUGUCAAUAACAGACACCACCGUAGACGGAUAUCACGUGCCGGCUGGGACAACCGCGAUGGUCAACAUGUGGGCUAUAGCACGUGACCCGCAUGUGUGGGAGAAUCCUUUGGAGUUUAAGCCUGAGAGGUUCGUGGCUAAAGAGGGUGAAGCUGAGUUCUCUGUUUUCGGGUCGGAUCUGAGGUUGGCACCGUUCGGGUCAGGUAAGAGAGUUUGUCCGGGAAAGAACUUGGGACUUACGACAGUGACGUUUUGGGUUGCGACGCUCUUGCAUGAAUUUGAGUGGCUUCCAAGUGUCAACGCUAACCCUCCGGAUCUCUCCGAGGUUUUGAGGCUGUCGUGCGAGAUGGCUUGUCCUCUCGUCGUUGACGUACGCCCGAGGCGUAAGACAGCAUAAGCUUUUGGCUUGGUCAAUGCUUCCAAAAAUUAUGGGCCAUUAAAAAUCAUGUAUAUUAAAUAAAACUCUAAAAAACAAAUAUAUGUAUUCAAAGAGCGAAAUAUAUAGAUUCGCCCAUAUUUUAUAGCUUGAGUAGAAUAUAUUAUGUACUUGUAUUAUAUGAAAUAAAAUACCAUAUGCUGCA